AGAAAAGCUGGGACUCGAAGCAAAACUGCAGCUAAGCGGGCCCAGAGGGGUUCUUCCAAUGUCUUUUCAAUGUUUGAGCAGUCACAGAUCCAAGAAUUCAAGGAGGCAUUCAGUUGUAUUGACCAGAAUCGAGAUGGAAUUAUCAGCAAAUCUGAUUUGAAGGAGACAUACAGUCAACUUGGGAAAAUUAAUGUCAAGGAAGAAGAGCUGGAAGAGAUGCUGAAGGAAGGGAAAGGACCAAUUAACUUCACUGUCUUCUUGACACUCUUUGGGGAGAAACUGAAUGGUACUGACCCAGAGGAAUCCAUCCUAGCUGCCUUCAAACUCUUUGACCCUAAUGCAACUGGCUAUGUGAACAAAGAUGAGUUUAAGCAACUCCUGAUAACUCAAGCUGACAAGUUUUCCCUCGAGGAGGUAGAGCAAAUGUUUUCUCUUGCUCCCAUGGAUGUGGCUGGAAACAUUGACUACAAAUCUUUGUGUUACAUCAUCACACAUGGAGAUGAGAAGGAAGACUGAAG